GCUCUUCAUGAACCUCACUGCUCAGAAGCCAGCCUGAGCAGCAUGUCAGCGAGCCUAUUCCAGACAGAUCACUGUGGUCAGGCUGGCGACCUUUCAAGCUCUACAAUGUACCAGGAGGCUGAAGACUCCAUCCUCCAGGGCCUCGGGGGGCCGUGCCCAUCCAGCACCUGCCCAGCCCAGGCAGCCGCUGCUGUGUGGACACCCAAGAGACAGAGCCUCUCCGACCACACAAUUGGCAAAGACCUCCAGAACGCGAGGACAGGUCAAAGGCAAAACAGAGGGAUGAGGACUCGCCUAGGUUGCCUGUCUCACAAGUCAGAUUCAUGCAGCGACUUCACAGCUAUCCUCCUGGACAAACCCAACCGGGCUUUGAAGUUAUCAACGGAAGAAACUACAAGAUGGGCAGAUUCUUUUGAUGUUCUUCUGUCCCACAAAUAUGGAGUGGCUGCAUUUCGCGCCUUCCUGAAGACAGAAUUUAGUGAGGAAAACUUGGAAUUCUGGCUGGCCUGUGAGGAGUUCAAAAAGACUCGAUCGACUGCCAAACUGGCUUCCAAGGCCCAGAGGAUUUUUGAAGAAUUCAUUGAUGUGCAAGCACCACGAGAGGUGAAUAUAGAUUUCCAGACACGGGAAGUGACAAGAAGGAACAUCCAAGAGCCAUCAACAUCCUGCUUUGACCAGGCCCAGGGGAAAAUCCACAGCCUUAUGGAAAAAGACUCUUAUCCCAGGUUCCUGAGGUCCAAAAUUUACACAGACCUGCUGUCUCAAACCCAGAGAAGGCUCAGCUAGGGCAGGGAGGAGGGGGGAGUUCCCCCCUUAGACACCAUGAGCUUCCUGCACCAGCCAAAUCCAUUCCCAUCUGUGAAAUUUCAUUGGUGUUGUCACAGCAGAAGAACUCAAACAGGGAAAGGAAGAAGCACGGAGAGGCAGGGGAAGGGUAUAUGUGGAAAACACAUCACAGCAGGAGCUCUUUUCGGAUUCCAGGUUGUGUGUUAGCAUACCUGUGUAUUUAAGAAAUACCUGUACACAUAAGACCCAUUGUUGUUGAUGCGCUUCCUCAGGAGCAUAAAGUCUGGUCUAUGUUUUAUGUUGAAUUCACUUAACACAAAAAGGUGAGCUUCCUGA